AUGGCUGCAUACGGGGGACAGCCACCUGCACUGAGGCUGCGAGCCGGGAUCCUCCGUCAACGUCACACGGGCUCUGACAACGUUGCUCACCGCCUUGGGCGCUCCCCUACAGUGGUGCCGUCCGAGGAGGCGUUGCAAAGAACAACAUUGCAGCAGGAGGCACCCCUGUCCUCCUCCGCCUCCUCCGGACACACCGCUGCAAACAAGCACAGCGAAGCAAUGAGCAUCCGUGCGCUCGCUAUAACGUCAGACAGCAACGUGUUGGCAGCAUCUGGAGACGGUGGGCACAUCGAGGUGUGGGAUUUGUGUGCCCCUGUCGGCACCGUGGGCCCAGUGCACACCAUCCGAAACGCACACGGCAAUAACACCACUGUGCGUGCCCUGUGCAUGUCGCCAAACGACGAGUUCAUCGUCUCUGGUGGCGUUGAUGACAAGAAGGUCAAGUUGUGGCGGCUGCAUCGAACACGGGCUUCCCCAAAUCAAGAAAGACACGCCGGGUCGCGGGCGCUUCUUGUGACUGCUUCGCCCACGAGCAGUGCGUCGGACACCCCACAUGGUGCCCGUCAAACGGACAUCCGUGUGGAUCACACGCCAAUCGUUCUCGAUGCUGUGGGGAAGGUGCGCUCUGUAUUGGCGUGGCCAGCCACCGAUGUGUCUUUGGGCGAGGCACAAGCGGGUACAUUCUUCGUCGCCUGCGGCUGCACAGACAAGCACGUGCGCAUCUGGAAAUGCACACCACCUGCAGUCCACGGCGAACAGUUGACAAUCGACGAAACGCCUCACGUCCUCCACGCAAAGGCUGGAGUUCGCUGCAUGGCAUAUGAUCCGACGUACCAGAAUCUCUUCGUCGGCAACAAGCAAAACGAGAUCGAGUUGUGGAAAUUGGGGUCUGAUCCAACAGGCGUGGGCGAACACAGCACUGUCCACUUCACUGGACACACGGGUUGGCUCAAUGCGCUGGAGGUCUCGCAGGAUGGGCGAUGGCUUGUCUCUGGCAGCGGAGACAAGACCAUCAAAGUAUGGAAUGUAUUCCUUGAGGUUGACUCGCCCACCUUCAAAGUCACCCCGCUCGCAUCCACCGCCGCCACGGCACCGUCGUCCCGCACGCAAUCUUCGAUGGACGUACGCACCUUGACGCCCCCACCACCAUCCACCUCCCAACAUGACCAGCGCGACAAUCACGAACAACAAAAACAACAACAACAACAACAACAACAACAAGCACAGUCAUUGCGGUACGGCAGAUGUGCUGCGACACUGCGUGGGCACACCAGCUGGGUCAACGCUAUUGGCUUGUCGCGGGAGAGCAAGGGGUUGACCCGAAUCAUUUCCGGGUCCUGGGAUGGCGAAAUCAAAAUCUGGAUCGUGGAGACACAAGACUGCCUCGCCACGCUCACCGCCGAGACAGUCAACACGCCCGCCCUCGUUGUGUGUCCUCACGAUGACCGCUACUUCAUCUCUGGGAGCAUCAGCGGCUGCAUCCGUAUGUGGGACCAGCACUUGACCACAGAAGCCAUGUCAACACACCAUUCCGGGCGCCUGGCAAGUGUGGUUGUGUCACCCGACAGCCAGCACGUCGCCAUGUGCUGCGGCAACAACAUCCUCGUUCGUCAUAUGGACGCAGCUGCCCGCUUGCAACUCUACGCUGCAUCGAAACCCACAGUCAGCAAUGGCAAAGUCUGCACGCAGGGUGCUGGCUUGGAUGAUACCGCCACCCAAGCAACAUACUCUCGAAGAACGCACGCGCACACUGGCCACGACAGCCGCCUUCAGGAUGCUGAUCACGGUGCUCGCGAUACACACGCAUAUGCGGUGCAAGAGACGCAGCUUCCAGCACAGCCGAUACACGCGUGGGAAGCGGAGCACAAGGCCGAAACUGGUACAGCACAGCACUCAACCAUGAGCACGAUGUCAUCGCAUGCGGUGUUGGAGGAGCUGACAUGCCCUGCUUUGAGCGAGGGCAAGUUCACGUGCGUGCGCUACUCGUGUGAUGGACAGCGACUCUUUGCCGGACACGAAUCUGGACAAAUCUUCGUUGCACACCGCCUCCACUCACCUUCUCCAGACCACCACCAACAGCAGCAGCAGCAGCAGCAGCAGCAGCAGCAAGAGCAGCAAGAGCAACACCUGCAUGACGCGCCUGCAGCGCAGCGCUUGUUUGGCCCACUUUGCGCAUUCACCACCGAACGUGACACGAAUGACGCCCAUCACGCUGCAGAGAUGCGUGCUAUGGCUGUGUCAUCGCGGCUGGUGGUGACGGGCGACCGCGGCACUGAGUCCGGGAACCUCUGCCCCACCCUCUCUGUUUGGGAUAUCGACACGGGACAGCGACUCGCACGCCACGAGCUGCCAGCACUGCAGAAGGUCAACUGCAUUGCCAUUUCACCCGAUGAAACCCUCAUUGCUGUCGGCUGCGGCGACGUUAGCCUGCGCAUCUUCUCUUGGUCAUUCCCCCCUCAAUUCCACCACCACCACCAACAACAACAACAACAACAGCAGCAGCAGCAGCAGCAGCAGCAGCAGCAGCAGCAGCAGAACGACCCCAAAAAUAGCGACAGCGACAGCAUGGCGCCUUAUGGUGAGCUGCGAGAGCGCCUGAACACGGCACCAAGCACUAACAACCCUGCCAGCGGAAGCAACAUGAGCAAGAAGCGUGGCAGACGGCACAGGGUGCUGGGUGCAUUGUCUUCGCCACCACCAGCGUCCAGAAAUGGACACCGCGGCCGCGUUUCAUCCCUGCUCUUUCUCUCCGAUGGAAGCAAGGCAUUUGUCUCUGGAAGCGACGACAACACCAUCAAGCUGUGGCGGGUGUAUCGACACAGCGGCAAUGGUGAUGUCCAUGAUGAUGACGAUCAUGAUGACGAUCAUGACGGUGGAAAUGGUGAUGCUGUGCGAGAGGACGAGGAGGUGACCAUCGCAUGCCGGGCGACUCUGGAGGGGCACGCAGCCAACGUCACGUCGCUGUCUCUCUCGCCCAAUGACAAAUUCCUCGUCACCGCGAGCCAGGACACCACCGUCAAGGUGUGGCUCAUCGACACAUCCACGCCGCGCUGUUUCCUGUCGCUCAAAGGCCACACCAGCAUUGUCACUUCUGUGUGCGUGGCGCCAUCAGGGGAAUACGUUGCAUCCGGCAGCCACGAUCAGAACAUGAACGUGUGGCCGCUGCCUCAGCUCAUGCACCCAGACAGCUUCCAUGGGCUGCCGCACCUGCCCACCUUCGUGCUCCGUGGCACCAUCGAUCACGACAGGCUUGAUCCCAUGCCCGAGAAUCGGCUGAGUACGCUUCGCAACGCCCUCACUGCGUUCCCGCUGACCCUGCUCUUUCCCGUCCCUGUUGCAUCCCAUCAUGCCAGGGGCACCCGCCGUCCAGUCGGCGGCACAAGUGCGCUCUUGACCUUUGCCAACCGUACUGGUGUUGUCAAUGUGCGUGGCCCCACCAGCAACAACAACGACGCCAGCACACGCACACGCCUCCUGAUCCCCUCUGGCUACAUGACUUACAACUAUUCUGCUGCUGCUACAACGGCAGCCUGGCAGAAGCCUGUGGCGAUGAUGACGCCGUUGGCGUGGGCAGCACAGGACGACCGAUAUCUUGACAUUCUGCGCGUGAUGCUGGAGACGCCUGCGCUGCCGCUGCUUGAGCUGGACGAUGUCAACGGUGUGGAACACAUGUUUCACGUGGCAGUCAACUCAGGCCACGCCUCCGAUGCAACGCUCAAAGUGGUGGCAGAGAAGCUGGUACAGGGCGCGCGUGCACGCGACGCAGGCGUGGAACGACCCGAGCUGCCCAUCUUCUGGCGCCUGUCGCUCGCUAGCCUGGACACGUGCGUUGGUGUGGGGACUCAACAUGAUGCGUCCCUCGCCACGGCAGGGGCCGACGACGCAGCGCCUCUGCCAUGCUGGGGCCUGUGCAAAACCGGCCCGCUGAAGAUGGCGUGCCACGCCCCCUUUGUGGAUGACAUGAUGGCUUGCAUCAGGCAUCACAAGGGCGUCGCUCGGGAGCUGUUGCGUGGACUUGGGCUUGUUCUCGUCAGGGCCGAAGCGCCAGUUGAUCACAGCAAUGGCAAGAUUGAUCCAUAUUGGCCAUCACAGCAUCUGUUCGUGCUUGACAGCAGCAAGGACCCCAUCCAAGUCACGACGCUAUCCCCCCACCAACGCUAUGGGUGGUGGACGUGGUUUGGGCAGGCACUGCACUGGCUGAGCUUCUGUCGAGCUGGUCGCGACGGUGGGCACCACCAGCAGCAACAGCACCAGGAGAACGAGCAGAAUCAGCCGUUGUAUGCUGCGGAAGACUAUGCCAUCCGCAAGAAGGCGCGUGCACGGGACGUGCGUGUGGUACCACUGCCGUACGCAAGCAGGUGGCUGCUGGGCGCAUUGGUGGCGACCGGAGAUGCGUCCCUGUUCGACAACGACAUUGCCCGCGCACUGAUUGAGUUCAAGUGGAAGCGACGCGGGCAACGCGAGUUUCUGCAGCAGUUGUUUGUGUAUCUGAUCAGCCUGGUGUGUGCAACCGCCAUGGUGUUCACCAUCAAUUUGAACGGUGCGGCCGCUGACACGCUGUUGGUAUCCGGCACGCGCACAGAGCAAGCGUCUGUGUUUCUUUCCUUGGUGUUGCUGCUUAUUUGCCUGAAGGACGCGCGGUAUGAGGCCCUGCAGCUUCGACACGACGUGGACGCAUACCUGCGCGAUGUGUGGAACUGGGUGGACGCUGGAAAUGUCAUUGUCACCUUUGUGACAUGCACCACGUACCUGAUUGGGUGGCAGCAUGCUCGCGCCUGGCUGGCUGGGUGUGUGUUCAUGCGCUGGUACGGCCUGCUGUACUUUCUUCAAGCAUUCCAGUCCACAGGCCCGCUCGUGCGCAUGAUAGUCGCCAUCGGUUAUGACAUCCGCUACUUCCUGGUGGUGUUGUGCAUCAGUAUCAUUGCGGCCUGGAUAGCCGCACAGGCGCUUCUUCGUGACGACAAAACUCUCACGUCCACGGCCCUGCAGGAUGAAGCAAACGGACUGCUCUUCACCUUCACCACGCUCAUCCUGGUGGAUGUUGAUCUUGACGCGCUCUCGGGCGAGUACAGGUCGUUUCUGCGCGUCCUCUUUGUGGUGUCGACGGUGCUGGUGCCGCUCGUGCUGCUGAACCUGCUGAUUGCGCUCAUGUCUGACUCGUACGAGCGCAUCAAGGAUCAUGCAGACAUCGAGUUCCAGCUGCUGCGCGCACGCAUCUUGCUUGAGCAAGAAGUGUUUAUGAGCGACGGGCAGCGUGACGAUCCAAACUUGUUCCCAAAGUGGCUGUACCGGCUGGUUGGUCGCGAACACGCAGGUAGGAUCUCGCGUCACGGCGAGUGGCAGGGUGUUCUGCACGACAUCAAGGACAACACGGCCAAGAGCGUGGAGAGCGCGACAACACAGCUUGAGCGACGCAUACACGUGCUUGAGCGGCGAUUGCUUGCGUCUGUGCGCAACACAGCUACCGCUGUCCACCAGGCUGUCGCCGACACUCGUUAUAACGAUGAGAAACGGUUCUACGACAGUGGUCGGAACAGCCACCAUUUACACCGCUGCCACCACCAUACCCUCAACAACGAUGAUGGUGUGCAUGAUGAGGACGACAGCGACAAUGAGUUGUACAACUCUCGUGACGAGCACUGGCGCAGACCUUGGUAG